UGCAAAUAGAUAUGAGCAUCUCCGUGACACACACAUCUCUCAAGAAAAAUGAUAGCAACAGGGUCUACAGACAACAGAGGUUAUAUGAUCAUUUGUACGAUCCGGUAUAUACAUUGUCAGGUGAGGUGGAUCACGCCAGGGAAAACCUUAAAGCUCACACGUCUCUGGAUCGAGUGCGUAAGGUCCCGGAGUUUAACUCUAUGUUUAGCAAUCUUCCACAUCAUCCUCGCUAUACGCUACGUCUUGAAUCCACUGACCCCGUGCCUGCGUUCAUUGAUCGUCGAUGGAGGGGCUAUGCUGAGCAGAGGAGGCAGACCCUGCAGCAACUGACAGGGGUCAUGUCAGGGGUUCACAUACAUAGACCGAAGGCUGAUGAUGUGAAAGGUGUGGACCGCUGGAAGUUUUUUAAACGUCCACUGAUUCCCUUUGCACAGCAGAUUCCUCCUGGCGUUGUAUUUGCUUUGCCAAAAUCUAGCCUCCUCUCUUCACCCGACGGUGAUGAAAAACGGCCUCCCACUCCUUUUCAGCGUAGCGUGGGAGUUCAGACUGACUACCGGGAGAGCGAGACACAAACAGACCCCUACACUCCAGACUAUGUGCUUCGUCCUGGGACAGCCUCUCCUGAGCUGCUCACCCUGGCUACGCUCACAUGGGGUCGUGGGUUGCCUGCAGGACUAGCAGAAGUGGAGAUGAUCGAGAGGGCAAGAAUGAAGAGAGCAUGGGAGAAAACUCUUCCCCCACUGGACGACCUCACUCAGCUGGAGAAGAGGAGAAGGAUGAUGGAGGACAUGGAACGGAAGGAAUGGGCCUUCAGAGAGCACGAGAUAGAGAAGCUGCAGGAGGUGCGUCUCACCCUGCUGAAGCAGCUCCUCCGACAGAGAGAGGAGAAGCAUGACGGUGUCAUUAUAGAUCGACUGGAUAUAAGCUUCUCUCAGCUUCAGAAAGAGAAGGAGGCACGGCUUAAAAAGAUACACGAUGACUACGUAGUUUCUAUGCGGAAGCUGCUGGCAAAGAGAAGGAAUGUGGAGGGAAAGCUGGAGAGACGUGAUAUUAUAAAGGAUUACUCAGAUUAUGGGUCUUGGAUUGGCCAGGUCCCUGACCAAAAUUCCAACCGCAACGUGGUCAAGAGUCACUUUCUCAGCACGUACCAAGGUCUUGUAGAACUAGAGACAGGUCUCCCCUCAUCUGUCACAGAGCCUCAAAUCAAAGUGCCUAAACCUAAAGUGACUAAAGGCUUCAUCUCACGCUCAGCCCGCAGAGAACAGGAGCUCAUGUUGACUCAUCAAGCUCUGAAAGAGAAAAGGGUGUGUGUGGAGGAAAAGAAGCCUUUGCGGUUCCUCUUCAAGAGAGAAAAGCCUGUUCCACGGCCCCCAACCCCUGUGGUGGAUGGACCCCCUGAGGGAGAUGAGGAAAGGGAACUGGCCAUCAUCUUCCUGCAGAAGUCACUCAGAGGGCGUUCCACCCAGAAUCAGAUGUUCGAGGGGAAGGAGAAACGGUUGGAACUGAUCCAAGAACUACGCACCACCCACGCACUCCAGAGGGAGGAACAGGAAAAGAAAGAGGCGGAAAAACAGGUCACACUUGCCCUGCAGGGAGAGAGAGACAACCAGUCUGAUAGGGUGUCUGAGAUUGAGUCAUAUAUUGCUGGCGUAUCUGGUGGAGUGAUAGUGGACAUGCUGGACUUUCUGUCUAAAGAAUUGGUCCGGCUGCAGGAGGAAAGACGAAUCCAUGCCUUCACCCUGUUGGCAGAAAGAGAUCGGCGUCUUCGUGAGGCUGAGGAGAGUGGAAAGCGUCAGACAGAGGAGAGGAGACGCAGAGAAGAGGACGAGAUAUUUAAACAGGUGGUCAAGAUACAUCAUGAUACAGUAGACAUGUACCUGGAGGAUGUCAUCCUGUAUUCUAUUAAUCUGACAGCUGAUGCCCAGGCAAGAAAGGAGAUUCAUCAUAUGGCAGAGGAGCUAAACAACAUCACUUAUGCCAUGGAAGAGACACGGAACAGCCAGCAGUCUGAAGAGUUUGUGGCAGAGCUAGUCUACAGGUUCCUUAUUCCUGAGGUCGAGAAGAGAGUGCACCAGAGCCAAAGAAGACAUCUGCGGGCGGCUCGCUCCAUCAUCAAUAGCAGUCCUCGAUCUUCUGAGGUCUCCUUAACCCGAUCUCCUCACCCCCUGUCUCCUUCAGAAAUAGCCUCCUCAGCAGUCCUCAAUGAAAUACUCAGCCAUUUAGAGGAGGCUGUUCCCACAGCUGUGACCCAGAGAGACCCUGAACCAACAAAAAACAAUGUCACCAGUGCUUCAACACUAGACACUCACAAUAAAGAAUAAUUAACACUAAUUUAAGAGCAACAGUAGAAGAGAGGUCAUCUGUUCCCUUGUUGAUUUUCACAGUAAUGGUUUGUAUUUGUACUCUAAUGAACUUUGUACCAGCUGUUGAGUCUAAAGACAUAGGUUAAUGGUUACCCAAUAAAAUCAGCAUUUA